CGGGGCGACGACGCUGUGCCUAGCCAAUGGGAAGCUGCGGCGAGGCUUGGCAGGGAAGCUUCGAACACUGGAAGCGGGAAGGCGGUGCUGCCGCUGCUGCAGUUGCCGCGGCCGUGAGGGGGUCACGGUGGGCCCGCGCUCCGUAGCCCGGAAGCCGUGACGGAAACGAGGCGAGCCCGGGCCCCGGGGAGGGAAUGGCAGAGGCCGCGGCUUGCUUUGAGGGCGCGGCGUGUGCGCGGCCCUUGCGUUGAGCAUGCGCAGAUGGGCUCCACCGUCCCCUUGGCCGCCCUCUGCUGGUAGAAUGCGGUCAGGCGCUCUACAGCUCGCGGAGAAGCUCUGCGAUGCGCUGCGUGGCGAAGAGGACACGGUCACCAUUAGAAGAGAUGAUGAAAACUAGCAUUUUGCAAAACUGGUGUGAAGAUUGUAAGCAGAAAGGGGGAGCUUGAACCCUUUUGGAGGGUUUUCUCUCUGCCUUGAAGCUUUUGCCCUUGCUUUCCAGGAUGGUGGAAGCCCUCCUGCAAAGGGGUGCUGACCCCAAUUUGGUUCUGCCUGAGGGGAUGGCUGCUAUCCACCUGGCUGCUGGCGUGGAGCAGGAGAGCGGCAUUCGAUGUCUCCAUCUCAUUCUCCAGCAUGGCGGAGACCCCAAUGUUAGGUCUGUGGAGGAUCUUACCCCGCUGCAUGUUGCGGCAUCCUGGGGGUGCUACACUUGCUUAAGGCUCUUGCUGAAGGCCGGAGGGAAUGCCUGGCUCAAAGAUCAGGAUGGGAACACAGCCCUCGAUCUGGCUUUGGAGCAGGGUAACAAGAUGUGUGUCCGUAUCCUGCAGAGUUCCCUGGAAGAAAUGGACAAGGAGCAAAACAUCUGGAUGCCUGAGCGAAGAGCAGAAAGCUUUCUUACCACCAUAACAGAAGACUUUUCUGAAACCGGUGGUGUUUCACAGCUUUGCAAUGCCCAUCCCAGCACAUCUGGGCAGAUCCCACAGUCGAAUGGGGCUCCUCUGCACGUGGUGCCCUGCCGUUCCUUCGCUCUCACUGCUGCACCUGGCAGUCCCCCAGGGGAUCACCAGGAGGAGAACUGCUCCCUGGAGGACCGGCGCUCGGCUUCGUUCCUGACGGAGUGCUCCUGGCCAUGCAGCAUGCUCUCUGAGCAGCAUGACCUCCAUGCUCAGCUGGGAGCCUCAUCCAGCCCCUCAUUCACACGUGGCAAUGUCAGUGGGCCCACCCGGGACUGUUCUGCAGUGUGGGGCUGCCCCAGAGAUGGGCCUGUGCACCGCAUGGGGGGUGCAGCUCCAUUUCACUGUGCUGAAGCUGCCGCAGUUGCUGCGCGCAGUUUGUCUCUAGGCCUGAACGGUGCCCUCUGCCAUGCCAAGCCUUGCACAUCCAGGGCACACCCUGAAACGCCAGGCAUUACUGAGUCCCACCAGGCCCUCUCCAGCUGUGUAAUUACAUCUGAAUGCAAAGCAGAGCACCUUCCUGGCAUUCGGGGUAGCAAUGUUGCCCUUGACCCUUCCUGGCACAGCAGCUUCCUUGACCCAGACCUCAUGGUGGAGCUGUCUGGCCAGGAAGGAUUGGACGUCACGUCGCCUGAUCAUGCCUACGUCUUCUCCUGGGCAAACUCCGCAGCUGUGUCAGACUUGGAGAAGACCGUGGCUGAGCCGGUUUUGCUCUCCAGGGCCUGUGGGAGCCCAGAGGGGCCUUCUGCAAGCGGGGAGCCACUGGGCAGGAGGACUGAUGGCGGUGGCAGCAGCCCGCUCAGUCUGAGCCACAGCAAACGCCGUGUGAGUGCUGCUGAAGACCAGUGUUGCCAUGAGGCUCGGGGACACAGGGAGCGGGCAGCCUGCUUCGCCCAGGCACCAGGCAUCCCGGCAAGUAGUGGCAACCACAGCUUGCUGGCACAGCCUUGCCACAGCCCCCACGAGCUUGUCGAGACACCAGAGGCAGGCAGCUUUGGCGAGCGGCCCUCUCCUGCCCGGGCCGGGGGUCUGCUGCCUUCGCAGAAUGGGGCUGCUUUGAGACAAGCUCCUUCCAGGACGUCUGCUGAGCAGCUUGCUUUGGAUCUCUGUGGCAAUGGAAGCAAUGAAUACACCAGAAACUGCCCCGAGCCAGCUCUCCCCAGAAUGUCCCCAGCUGGGAGUCUUGCCAAGUGGGACAAGCAGGAGCAGGAUCCACAGCCAUUGCCGGAAUCGUGGGAAAAAAUACAGUCUGGGGCAGAGAGCAAACUCCUUCCAGGUUCCUCUGAUGCAACUGAUGAACGAGUCGCUUCUCAGCAGCCCCAGGGUGUGCUCAAAGGAGCCAUCAUGCCAUCUGUGGCUUGGGCAGAGCCGACCAGGGAAGAAUCUGAUCUCUCAGCAGGUUCCCCAGAGGUGGAGGGAAGGAAGAGCCUGCACACUCGGGACACAGUCCUUACUCUAAGGGCGCCGGAAGAAACACAGGCUUUUCCAGGCAGCCAGAGCCCUGAGGUCCCCAUGACGGCUGGGGAUGUGGAUGACACCGUUGUGGUCUCAGACCAAAUGGUGGGUGAUACGAUGGUCAUCCCCAGCGCCAAGGAAGAGGCGUCCAGCUUGGAAGCAAGGCUGAGGUCAAUGAUGCUCGCCACCAGGGUUUGCCACUCUCCUCUGCUGCGGCAGAACGGCAGGCCCGGCCACGUCACACCCCGGACCAAAAGCCGAGUGACAGUGUCAACAAUGCACUGCAGCAGCGCCACCCCGUCCCUGUUUGAUGACACCCUGGAGAUGCCCCGGCGGCCCAGGCGACGGAGGGGCCCCGAGGGGAGCAGCCCAGCCUCCAGAGAAGCACAGAAGCGGCCAGAGGGCACAAGGUCUGGGGAGCCUCCCUCCAUGGCAGGAGCAGGGGCAGCUGAGCCGGGGAUUACCCAGGCCAAUUCAGAUGGAGGCCUGCAGUUAAGCCCACCAGGCCCGCCCAUCCCGAGCCCAGUGGUGCCCCUGAACCCAGGGGGAGACUUCGCGCAGUGUGGAGGCCAGUCGGGCUCUGCCUGCUCUCCGGCUGCAGGGACGGGUGAGCAGCCGGCCAGCGGUGGUGAGGGGGAAAAGCGGGGUGCUGCACCCCCUGGGAGUGAUCCCCACCAGUCAGGUGCCCUGUGCAGCAUGGCCAGGGGGCUCCCCAAGCCCUCCAGGAUCAGCUUCAGCAGGAUAUCUGGCAGAAGGCAGCUCUCUGGAGCACCAGACCUUAUCAGCCAGGGGGUCCGUUUGUCACCCGGUGGCCGACCGGUGAACCUGAGCGUCAUCGAGCCAGUGCAGCACCUGUAUGUGGACGAGGAUGAAGGCCACACACUCAUCGAGCGGCACGUUCCAUGCUCGGACAAUUCUGUUGCUGGUGGUUCCAGUUCUGAAGACACUAUCAUCUACAACUGGCAGGUGUAUAUGGGCCCAGCAGCAGGGCAGGAAUAUGUGGGGGGCGUCCCCCUGCAGGCCUCCCCACAGCCGAGCCACCUUUCAGAUGAAGCUCUAGCCCGCAAGCUGCGUGACUUUGGGGUCAGCCCAGGACCCAUGACGGGCCUCACUAGGAAGGUUUACUUGCAGCUGCUGGAGAAGCUGAUGAGAGACCCCAAAGCCAAGGCCCGGAAAGGGUUUGCAGGCUACAGCCCGGAACUUUCUUAUGCCUUGGAAACAUACCAGAUACCAGAUGGCUGCGAUGACGAGAUGGCUCUGGCCAGGCAGUUUGACCAGCCGGACAAGAGCAAGAGGUGGCGGGAAGGCGUGCUGAAGUCUAGCUUCAACUACCUGCUCUUGGACCCCAGGGUGACCCAGAACCUGCCCUUCCGCUGCCAGUUUGUGAGCCAGGCAGAAUGUUUCCGGACCUUCAUCAGCGCCAUUUUCUACGUGGGCAAGGGAAAGCGCUCCAGGCCAUAUUCGCACCUCUAUGAAGCCCUGACCUGCUACAAAGAUGGCCGGGGAAGGCGGGGUGGCCAGGCCUGCUCCAAGCCCCAGCACAUCCUGGAGAGCUGGGCCAGUGGGGAGGGCGUCAUUUCUGUGCACUGCUUCCAGAACGUCAUCCCUGUGGAGGCCUACACGCGAGAGGCCUGCAUGCUGGACGCCAUGGGUCUGAAGAUGCUGACCAACCAGAAGAAGGGGGAUUACUAUGGUGUUGCCGCAAACUGGCCGAUGAAGCAGCGCCGGCGCCUGGGCAUCUACCUUCUGCACAGAGCCAUGCAGAUCUUCCUGGCAGAGGGAGAGCGGCAGCUGCGUCCUGCUGACAUCUGAGCCACCUGGUGAUGGAGAGGUGCCCAGGUGAUCCAGAGUCCCUGUGGGGCCUUCAUACACUGCCCUUGGCUGAGUGGAUUGGCAUCGUCCUCUCUCCUGUGUGGGACUGAUCACAGCAUGCCUGAUACAUCACUCCUGGCCUUGUCUGCCAUGUGGGAACGGAGUACCUGGCUGAUGAGAGCUUGACAUAAGUGAGGGUUGGGGUUCCCAUUGUGCAUGAGCUACCUGUGCCAAGCCCCAGCAAGCCAGUGAUUAAAAGUGCUUGCUGGCCCGGCUAUGGUGGCCUGCUUGCCUCGCUCGCGUGGGAGCCUGGCUGGGUCUUGGCAUUGUGAAGUGGUGUCCUUCUGGGGUAACGGCAGCAUUAAGGAAUGUGGGAAGAGAGAGGGCUUCGGAGUAGGUUUCAAUGGUGUGCCUGGUGUGUUCUUGCAAGGGACAUAGGAAGCUUUUCCUCUGUGUUUUGAAAUGUUUACUUGAGAGCCUUGUCCUUUCCAGACGAGUGGUCUUACUGGGAGCAGACGGGAUGAGCAUUCUUCUCUGCGUCUUUAAUGGGUCCCCCCGCACUGGCUCUGCUUCCCAUUCUCGGAAAGGCUUUUCUGUGUGGCAGCAGAAAAUGCUGUUUCUAAAGGAACUCUAUAAUGAAUGCUUUUGUACUUUUUUACAGUUUUCUAGUCGAAAUUUUUCUGGGAUUCCUUGGAAUUGGUAUAAUAAAAGGUGAUUGCUCA